AUGGGAGGGACGGCUCGGGAGAGCCCGGAGGACUGCCGCUUUCUGGACGCAGAAGCAUCCAAGACGCGCAAGAAGACCUGCACCAGGUACCAGACCUGCGGACUGCUCUUCAGCGUGCUGCUCAUUUCGCUUAUUCUGAUAUUUUUUGGUGUCAAAUAUCUCUGGAACCCAACACCCAGAAAAGUUUACGACAUGGAGCACACGUUCUUCAGCCACGGUGAGAAGAAGAAGAUUGUGAUGGAGAUCGACCCACUGGCCAGGACAGAGACCUUCAGGAGCGGGAACGGCAGCGAGGAAAUCCUGGAGAUCCAUGACUUCAAAAACGGAAUAACUGGCAUCUUCUUUGUGGGACUUCAAAAAUGUUUCAUCAAAACCCAGACUAAAGUCCUACCCGAGACAACAGAGGCCAAGAUCCCCGAGCUUGAGGGAGAAGAAAUCACGACCACCUACUUUGAGCAGUCCGUGGUCUGGGUGCCUGGGGAAAAGCCCAUUCAAAACAAGGAGUUCCUGAAGAGCUCCAAAAUUUUUGACAUCUGCAGAAACGUGACCAUCUACUGGAUCCACCCCACACCAAUAGCAGCUCCUGAGCUUGCUGAUCUUGAAGGGGCAGAAGAAGAAGACCCUCAGCUGCUUGUGGACAACCAGAGCUGGUUGGAUGGGGGGAGCGAACACGAGGUGGACAAGGAUGCGCAGCUGGGGCCCAAGCGCCGGGCACGGCAGCUCACUGAGGAGGACCUGCCUGUCAACGACUACUCAGAGAACGGGCUGGAGUUCCACCCCUUGUGGGAUGAGCGAGGCUACUGCUGUGCCCAGUGCUGCCGGCGGGUCUGCGAGCCCCUCCUGGGCUACUACCCCUACCCCUACUGCUACCAGGGCGGGAGGGUCAUCUGUCGGAUCAUCAUGCCCUGCAACUGGUGGAUCGCGCGGAUGCUGGGCAGGGUGUAACACCCGCCGUGCAGCACCCA